AGACAGACACAGAGAGAGAGAGAGUAGAGAGAGAGAGAGAGAGAGAUGGAGACGCGCUAUCUGAGUCUGGCCGAGGUGGCCCGACACCGCACAGCCGAGGACUGUUGGGUCGUCCACGACCGAAGGGUCUACGACGUGUCGGGCUUCGUCCAGAGGCACCCGGGCGGCGAGCAGAUGAUUGUCCUGAGGGCGGGGGGGGACGUCGGCCGAGUGAUGGAGGGACCCCCGCACCGGCACAGCCCCAACGCCCACCGCUGGCUCCAGCAGUACUACAUCGGGGACCUGGAGCGAGAGGGAGAGGGAGAGGGGACUCGACCCCCUCAACAAGAGCAGACUCUGCGGCAGAGGGGAGAGAAGUCCGAUGCCGAGCAGACGUCAGACUUUGUGAUGGACGCCAGGUGUAAAAAGGUUGACCCAGAUAAUGACCUGGUGGACUGGAACAAACCAUUGCUGUGGCAGGUUGGGCACUUGAGGGAGAAAUACGAUGAAUGGGUGCAUCAGCCAGUGGACCGCCCCAUUCGCCUUUUCCAUUCAGACCUUAUAGAAGCUUGUACAAAAACAGCCUGGUAUAUGGUUCCAUUGGUCUGGUUCCCUAUUGUACUUGUAUCAAGCUGGUACCUCUAUAGCGAACUGGCAAGAGGCAACACUCGGCUCUUCACUUCCAUCACAACAGACUACUCCAUCCCUGUCCACAAGUAUUGCUACCCAAUUUUUUUCCUAUUUGGAAUGUUUCUGUGGUCCUUGGUUGAAUAUCUGAUCCAUCGUUUCGUUUUCCAUAUGAAUCCACCAGCGAGCAAUUACUACCUCAUCACUCUCCAUUUCAUGCUGCACGGGCAGCACCACAAGUCUCCUUUUGACGGUUCACGCUUGGUCUUUCCACCUGUUCCAGCGUCGCUGGUUGUCGGGCUGUUUCUCGGUGCCUUCCACCUGUUAAUUCCUGGAGUAAUCGGGUUGUCUAUAUUUGUGGGAGGUCUGGGUGGCUAUGUUGUUUACGACAUGGUUCAUUACUAUCUGCAUUACGGAUCUCCAAAGAAGGGCAGUUACCUGUAUGGACUUAAAGCUUACCACGUUAAGCACCACUUUGAACACCAAAAAGCAGGAUUUGGAAUUACCACCAGGCUGUGGGACUACCCAUUUCGUACCUCAAUCCCAGAGGAAACAUUCGAUAAAAGUCACUGAUGUCUACAUUCUGUCUCAAUUUCUACACUUUUAAUCAGCUCAAUCGAGCUGCUUUCUGAUGUCAGAACUGCAGUUCACCAGUACGUACGAAUCCUUCUACAACUCAACAUUGAAUAUUCCAAAUAUCACACACCUACGUUUUCUAACAAAGUGCCUGAUCUUGGGGAGCUAGAUUGCCUCUGAGCAAUAUUUAUUAAUAAAAUUGUUUAAAUAUAUAUAUUUUUGGAUCUUACCAUCCAGGAAUCUGUCACAGUUGUGCAUUGUAGUAAGUAUUAACACUAAACUUUCUUGGGGAUUUUGAGUUUUAAGCAGUUUGUGGUGAAAACUAUUUUUUGAAGAAAUCUUGAGGAAAGGGAAACUAUCUGCAAUCAGUCUGAUUCAGUUUGUCGCACGUUUUGCUUAUGAAAUAUUUUUCUGUAUUGACAGAUGUGAGGAACAAUGAGUCAGACGAUAAUCUUAAAUUACCCGAUUACUUUGUCGUGUGUUAUUCUCCGAUUGCACCUUCAUCUGCAUGAUUCAAUUUUGUUUCAACUCUUUGAGGACCUUCCUUAUUCGACCGUGCCUACGGUAACCUUCCCCCUCCCGCUGGCUCGGCAUCAUGCUCCGCCACUGUUAAGCCCUCCGAGACGCCAUCCAGCAUGAAGGACGCUAUAUAAGUGCAAGUUGUUGUUGUUUGAGAUUGAUUUCCUUCUUGGCUUAUGUCCAUCUUUUUAACCCCUUCCAGGAAGUUGUGUGCUCCUCCGACUAAAUGCUCCAGCAUACUAUUUCCUCCUUGCGGGUUCUUUUCCUGGUUGUAGUAGAACAAACUGCUAGCAAAUUUCCUGUUUCUCCUCUGCUUCCCAGUCACGCUCCCAAUCUCUGCAACCCAGCAAAGCUGCCAAUUGCGUUUCAUUCCUUUUGCCUUUGAUAUUGAGCUAAAUAGUGUUAGCUUUUUAGAAGAAGAAUUAUUUUACACUUGCCAAUAUUCCAUAGCAACAUAGUCAACCUAUAGUGGGUAUUUCAAUACUAUCCAUUCUGCUUAAUCUGAGACAGCUCAUUUUUAUACCUGGACGUAUUGUGUAGAUAUCGCAAUAGCACUUUUUUUGUUCAAAAGUUGGAUUUUCUUGGGAUUUCUUGAUAGAGUGGUAAGGAUUCUGCUUUUCACUUCUAUUUAACUCUGCUUAACAGGUCAGAUCUGCUGUUCAUCUUUCUGAAGUUUACCCUGAAAGCUUAAGAAAACAAAGGGCAUAUGAGAGUAUAAAAGUUGUGGGUUAAAUAGUUCUGGUUUCAUUCCACCAUAAAUGGGGAAAACAUUGGCUUUCUGUGGGCUUACUUUGGCAUGCAUAAAGAUUCUUGAAGUACAAUUGUAAAUAAAGUCCUGUAUAUUUUUGAAAAUAGAUUAUGCAUAGACUUACCAGAGCCCUCUUAACUAAUGUGAUCGGUUCCUUUUGUUGCGUCUUCGUAAUGGUCCGGCAGAUCUUUGGCCAGAUACCUGAAUGAAAGGGUUAGUAUGUGAAGUGACUGUUUUAGGUUUAGCAAGUAUGUGCUAAAAGCCAGUGAGUGGCCACAGUUUGAAUGUGCAGUAGGUUUUCAGUGCAAUUGGAUUUAUGUACAAGACUGGAGCUCUGAUUUUUAAAAUAUUUUUAGACUGCUCAAGAACUGCACAUUUUCAUUUGUUGCAGGAUUUUAGCUUAGAAGUAAAAGUGAGUUGAUAGAAACCAUUGCUGCGUUCUAUUUACAAAACCCUCAUUUGGUAUGUUCAGAAGGAAAAGCGAGCCCUGAUUCUGGCUGUUAACAAAGUUGUCUUCGUGAGGUGGGCAUUGAUUAUGGACCAAGUACUUCUCACUGGUUGAAGAGACUUUGAACUAGAAUUUGGUAAGUGAGGCACUGACAUGACUGUGGUGAAGAUAAAUGGGUAAUGUGUUUAUUACGUGUUAUCUGAAACAAAAAAAGUUAAAAUUGCGAGCUUGGCAUUUGUACGAUUGCUCCAUUUCUGUUCCUCGGCUGCUACACAACCCGUUUUCCUUCUUAGUUGUUCCUCACAUGUGAAUGUUUAAAAGCAAAACCUGAAAGGUGCCUUAAGGUGACUUAAAGCUUGUAGGCAUUGUCUAAUGUGUUGUGGAUAUGUGAACUAGUUUGAUUUUUUUUUCAACGAACAUGUGAACUCAGUAAACUGAGGGAUGCUAUAAAACUAUCUGACUUGAGCGCUAGUGUUUCGGAUAUCAUGAAGCUCCAUUGCAUAUUAUUUGGAGCGGAACAUAUCCUCGAGGUACACAAUAGCUCCUGUAAUUCCCAAUGUAGACUGUCAUGUAAUUUGUUGUAUUUGCAGUGUUGUAUCAAAUUCCUUUUUAUGAUCGAUUCACAAAGUGUUAAUAAAUUUCUAGUUUGUAAAAUGAACUAAA